CUGUCUGUGGGCCGGGAGCCCAGAUGCAAGUGGACAAUCCAGAUGUGGGUGUAAUUGGGAAGGUCCGACCCCGCCCUGAAGACGGGGCUCCUUCCACCCUGCGCCCGGCUCGCACCGCACUGUCUCCGGCUCCAGCUCCGGCCGAGUCCCGGUCCCGGGGGCGGCGAGGAGGAGGGGCUGCAGUGUCGCCUCGUUGGGGGCGGAGUGUUGGGUGCGGCCGGUGGGAGCCCCGAGAGCGGAGCCGGCGCUGGUGUCGCUUCAGCCCGGGCUAGUGGAGGGAGGCAAGCGCCGCCGAUGGGAACCCGGCACUCGAGCCGGUGCAUCUUCCGCCGGACCCCGCGUAGCGCCGAGACCGGCACUGAGGUGUCCAGUGAUUCUUCGGAACCUCUGCCUAUCACCCAGCCACGACAGUGCACCCCCACUCUGCAGAAAUCGCAGACACCCACCCAUGCAGCUGUGCAGCUGAUGGUCCCGACUCCAACGCAGAGAGUGGGUCAGACUCCGAUUCAGGCAGCGGGGCAAGAGGGGGAGAUCACGGCGCAAACGGCUGGGUCAGCGGCUCAGGCCAUAGCUCGAACAUGUUGCCUGGGGAAAAGACGAGAAGCUAAAUUGUUCCCUCCCGAUGAAAUGACUUCGAGAGAUUACUACUUUGACUCGUAUGCACAUUUUGGCAUCCAUGAGGAAAUGUUAAAAGAUGAAAUUCGAACCCUGACGUACAGGAACUCCAUCUACCACAACAAACAUGUGUUUAAGGGCAAGACCGUGCUGGACGUGGGCAGCGGAACGGGAAUAUUAGCAAUGUUUGCUGCCAAAGCAGGAGCCAAGAAAGUGUUUGGAAUUGAAUGUUCCAGCAUCUCGGAUUAUUCUCAGAAGAUCAUCAAAGCAAACCACCUGGACAAAAGCGCACGUGUAUUGAUUAAUCGAAAUGCACAACGUUCGUCUGUGCCGACGGAACAGAAAUUGAUGCAUGGGAAGGUGGAGGAGGUGCAGCUCCCUGUGGACCAGGUGGACAUCAUCAUCAGUGAGUGGAUGGGCUACUGCCUCUUCUACGAGUCGAUGCUGAACACAGUGAUCUACGCACGGGACAAGUGGCUGAAACCCGGGGGGCUGAUGUUUCCGGACCGAGCCACUCUGUACAUUGUUGCCAUUGAAGACCGGCAGUUCAAGGACUUCAAGAUUCACUGGUGGGAGGACGUGUACGGGUUUGACAUGACCUGCAUCAGGAACGUGGCCAUCAAGGAACCUCUGGUGGACAUGGUGGACCCGAAGCAAGUGGUGACCAACGCCUGCCUCAUCAAGGAGGUGGACAUCUACACUGUGAAGACAGAGGAUCUGUCCUUCUCUUCGACUUUCCGCCUACAUGUUCAGAGGAGUGAAUAUGUCCAUGCUCUGGUCACAUAUUUUAACAUCGAAUUUACAAAGUGUCACAAGAAAACUGGAUUUUCAACAGCUCCUGACGCCCCGUACACACACUGGAAGCAGACGGUGUUUUACUUGGAAGACUACUUGACAGUGAAAUUGGGAGAGGAGAUCUGUGGGGCCAUCACAGUGAAUCCCAAUCCUAAAAACAAUCGUGACCUGGAUUUCACAGUGGAGCUCAAUUUCAGGGGCCAGUUGUGUGAAGCAUCGCUGUCUCAUGAUUACAAGAUGCGGUAACCGCUUUGCAAACCUUUGCAUCACAUUGGUCUUGUUCCAGUGCUAUCAAUAUAGGACGUGUGAUCCAGCAACUAAUAAUACCCAACACAAGAUUCCUCUUCUGGAGAAAUGAACAUCCAUUUAGUUCCUUUGGGUUGAUGCAAUGCACUAGGUUCCACUGAAUCACGGACAAACAACAAUGUUCCCAGCAUCAAAAUAAAACAGUUACUUGUUACAAGAGCUCUGUUUGUAGAAGCAUUCAUGAUCCAAGAAUUAAUACAAGACUGAGGUGACAGAGUGGAUGAGGUGGACUGAAAUGCUCGUUUCCGUGCUGUACAGCUCUGUGACCCUAUGACUUUAUCUUGGUAAAUUGUUGGCUGCUUCACCUCUGCUUGAAAGAUGUGUUUAACAUUUUUUCCAUUAUGUUUCUGAGACAUUUUGACAUAUAGACAGCUCUUCGUGAGAAAUUAAAUGUGGUAAUUGUUAAGUAUUCAUCCAUUAUAAUUCACAUGACAAACGGAACCAGCUGGUGGUCAUCCUAAAGGGAGAGGAGCAGCAGCACAGGGGCCAUAGGGCAAGGACUCCAGAUCCCUGAUCCCCACUCCCGACCCCAACUCAUGGGACAGUCUCCAGACUGAAGCAAGGUUCUAACCCGGAACGUCACCUAUCCCUUUUUCUCUAGAGAUGCUGCCUGACCCACUGAGUUACUCCAGCUUUUUGUGUUCAUCACUGGACUCCUGAUCAUUCAUUCCCUGGUGGUCAGGCAAUUAGAAUUCAGAGAUUUUAAAUCUCUCAAUUACAGCUUGGUCCAUUUAAAGAGAAAAGAUAUUUGCCUUAUACAUUUGCUGAAAUGUUCUCCAUAUUGUUGUGUACAAUUCGUACAAAGAUCGUACGUUCUUCAGCAAAGGAUUAAAUUCUAUUUGUACAACU